AUGAUGCGCCGUCGUUCUAAAGGUCAGAGUUCAAGAGGAAAGGACGUGGACUGUGAUGAAAUCACAGGCGGAGUUUGGGAUAGGGUCAGUGCUCCAGCGAUGGCCAAUCAACAGCCCUCUAAGCCCAGAGUGACCAAUCAGACCACCAGUCAGACCAACGCCACCGCCAGUGUCCCCAGCAGCUUAGCCCAGUUAGGCAGACACUGUGCUGGGGUUAGGAAUGAGGGCUGGGAGGAUGAGGAAGAGGAGGCAGACCAGGAGGCUGACCAAGCAGCUAGCACCUCCACUUGCUCCCAAACACCCACCUACGACACUGUCAGCCCGUAUUCUGAGGACCCAGAUGUAGUGAUAGAUGACGUGGAGUAUAUUGAGGAUGGAUGUGACAUAGAUGUAGAGCCAGAUCCAGACCAGGACAGUCAUCACAGGACAGGAGGGGGACAGAGAGGGGCCAUAGGGGGCUUUGAGCAGGGGAGAGGUAGGGGACAGAGAGGGACUGAAGCGGGCUGUAGGAGACCGAGAGAGGCCACUAACCAAAGGAGGGGUAGGGGACGACAUGGGGACAAACCUUCAGCUACCCAGCAGGUGCAGACCCAGAGCCAGAACCAGACCAGGGCUCCUAAAGGAAGACCUCCUACCCAGAACAAGACAGGCAAUCUGGGCAAACACGCACAGGUAGAGACCCCUGGAUGAUGGAGGUGGUGAUGGGGAUGAUGACGAUGAUGAUGAUGAUGAUGAUAAGGACAAUUAUAAUUUUGAUGAAAACAAUGACAAUAGACAAGAUAAUAGCUAUAACCAUGAUGAUGAGGAUGAUUGUGAUAUACAUUUUAUAUUUUCAGACGUAUGACCCAUGUGUGACCUCACUGGAAGUCAACCCUCUGGGCCUGUCAGGUACGCAGUCCGAGAGUGCCAUCAGCAGGCACGAGAUCACCAGUGGGGAGCGGCUCUUCUACGGGGCUCACGUGGGCAGCGAGACACGCAAUGUAGAGUUCAAGAGAGGAGGAGGUCAGGGUCAUAGGUCACAGGAUAUACAGUCAGGUCCAACAUUAUUGGCACCCUUGAUAAAGAUAAACAAAAAAAUAGCAUAAAAUAAAUAAUACAAAUACUGAGCUAUAUUGUAUGCAAAAGAAAUUGGGAAAUUAUAUUAUUUUAUACUAAUACAAUUGCUCAGAGAAAGAGAUUAUUUAUUGCUAAAAGAAAGGUGCCAAAAGUAUUGCCACAACUGUUUUCAAUACUCUGCCACCCUCCCCUUAUGAAGAUAACGGAACUGAGCCUUUUUCUAAAAUGUUUUAUGAGAUUGGACAACCCAUUGGGAGGGAUCUUAGACCAUUCCUCCAUGCAGAAUCUUUCCAGAUCCUUGAUAUCCGUUGUCUGCGCUUAUGGACUGCCCUCUUCAAUUCAAACAACAGGUUUUCAGUGGCUAUCCCAGAGACUGAGAUAGCCAUUGCAAAAUGUUGAUUUUGUGGUAAAUUACAGAUGUCGGAUCUUAACUUGAUCACUCUUUUGCAGUGGUGGAAAAAGUACUAAAUUGUCAUACUUUAGUAAAAGUAUAGAUACCUUAAAUGAAAGUUACUCAAGUAAAAGUGAAAGAUACCCAGUAAAAUACUACUUGAGUAAAAGUCUGAAAGUAUUUGGUUCUAAAUAUACUUAAAUAUCAAAAGUAAAUGUGAUUGAUCAAAAGUAAAAGUAUAAAUCAUUUCAAAUUCUUUAUAUUAAGCAAAGCAGAGGGCAACAUUUUCUUGUAAACAUUUUUUACGGAUAGCCAGGGGCACACUCCAACACUCAGACCUAAUUUACAAACGGUGCAUUUGUGUUUAGUGAGUCAGCCAGAUCAGAGGCAGUAGGGAUGACCACGUAUUCUCUUGAUAAGUGUGUGUAUUGUACCAUUUUCCUGUCCUGCUAAGCAUUUAAAAUGUAACAAGUACUUUUCAAGGAAAAUGUAGGGAGUAAAAAGUACAUUAUUUUCUUUAGGAAUGUAGUGAAGUAAAAGUAAGCAUUGUCAAAAAUAUAAAUAGUAAAGUACAGCACAGAUACCCCCAAAAACGACUUAAGUAGUACUUUCAAGUAUUUCUACUUAAGUACUUUACGCCACUGCUUGUUUGCUGCUGCAUAAAUGAUGUAAUAUCCCAGGAUAUGUACAGUGGGGAGAACAAGUGUUUGAUACACUGCCGAUUUUGCAGGUUUUCCUACUUACAAUGCAUGUAGAGGUCUGUAAUUUUUAUCAUAGGUACACUUCAACUGUGAGAGACGGAAUCAAAAAAAAGAAGAAAAAAUCCACAUUGUAUGAUUUUUAAGUAAUUCAUUUGCAUUUUAUUGCAUGACAUAAGUAUUUGAUACAUCAGAAAAGCAGUAUUUGGUACAGAAACCUUUGUUUGCAAUUACAGAGAUCAUACGUUUCCUGUAGGUCUUGACCAGGUUUGCACACACUGCAGCAGGGAUUUUGGCCCACUCCUCCAUACAGACCUUCUCCAGAUCCUUCAGGUUUCGGGGCUGUCGCUGGGCAAUACAGACUUUCAGCUCCCUCCAAAGAUUUUCUAUUGGGUUCAGGUCUGGAGACUGGCUAGGCCACUCCAGGACCUUGAGAUGUUUCUUACGGAGCCACUCCUUAGUUGCCCUGGCUGUGUGUUUCGGGUCGUUGUCAUGCUGGAAGACCCAGCCACGACCCAUCUUCAAUGCUCUUACUGAGGGAAGGAGGUUGAUGGCCAAGAUCUCGCGAUACAUGGCCCCAUCCAUCCUCCCCUCAAUACGGUGCAGUCGUCCAGUCCCCUUUGCAGAAAAGCAUCCCCAAAGAAUGAUGUUUCCACCUCCAUGCUUCACGGUUGGGAUGGUGUUCUUGGGGUUGUACUCAUCCUUCUUCUUCCUCCAAACACGGCGAGUGGAGUUUAGACCAAAAAGCUCUAUUUUUGUCUCAUCAGACCACAUGACCUUCUCCCAUUCCUCCUCUGGAUCAUCCAGACGGGCCUGGACGGGCCUGGACGGGCCUGGACAUGCGCUGGCUUGAGCAGGGGGACCUUGCGUGCGCUGCAGGAUUUUAAUCCAUGACGACGUAGUGUGUUACUAAUGGUUUUCUUUGAGACUGUGGUCCCAGCUCUCUUCAGGUCAUUGACCAGGUCCUGCCGUGUAGUUCUGGGCUGAUCCCUCACCUUCCUCAUGAUCAUUGAUGCCCCACGAGGUGAGAUCUUGCAUGGAGCCCCAGACCGAGGGUGAUUGACUGUCAUCUUGAACUUCUUACAUUUUCUAAUAAUUGCGCCAACAGUUGUUGCCUUCUCACCAAGCUGCUUGCCUAUUGUCCUGUAGCCCAUCCCAGCCUUGUGCAGGUCUACAAUUUUAUCCCUGAUGUCCUUACACAGCUCUCUGGUCUUGGCCAUUGUGGAGAGGUUGGAGUCUGUUUGAUUGAGUGUGUGGACAGGUGUCUUUUAUACAGGUAACGAGUUCAAACAGGUGCAGUUAAUACAGGUAAUGAGUGGAGAACAGGAGGGCUUCUUAAAGAAAAACUAACAGGUCUGUGAGAGCCGGAAUUCUUACUGGUUGGUAGGUGAUCAAAUACUUAUGUCAUGCAAUAAAAUGCUAAUUAAUUACUUAAAAAUCAUACAAUGUAAUUUUCUGGAUUUUUGUUUUAGAUUCCGUCUCUCACAGUUGAAGUGUACCUAUGAUAAAAAUUACAGACCUCUACAUGCUUUGUAAGUAGGAAAACCUGCAAAAUCGGCAGUGUAUCAAAUACUUGUUCUCCCCACUGUAGCUAAGAAAGUAAUACUAGCUAAGUGUGUAUGUUAUGUUCUAAACUGUUAGUAGCUCAUGUGUCUCACCCUAAGAAUGUGGUCCCUCUCCCCCUCAGAAUUUACCCUACUGUUCUGACUUGGUGGUGCACAUGUAGCCUAUAGCCUGUUUUAGAGAAAUGUCAUCAUUGAAUAUUGUAAGAGCUUUUAGUGUCUACCCUGUUUAUAUGCCCCCGUUAUUUAUGCUAUGGUUCUGACUUGGUGUACAGGGAGAAUACUGUAAGAACGGCCCAUGUUCUGAAUUCUGUCGCGGUCCAUUUAAAAAGUGCUGAACAAAUAAGGAUAGGCCUAUUGAUUACGUCUGUUUUAGCUCGCUCAUUAAUGUCUUAAUGGCUUGCCUCUUAUCCGCUCAUCUUUCCCGUAUGCCAUAGUUUGUACAUCUCAAUUGUUAUAUUGCUUAUAUAGGUCAAUAUCAUUAGUAUCUUAUUCAUAAUUUUAGGCAAUGUUGGAAUGAUGCAUUUCAUUGUUUUGUUUACUUUGUGUAUUAUAAUCAGCUCAUGUGCUUUUCUCUACAAGGAGGGGAUACUAUAUAAUGUGAAGCAAGUCAGCCAUAUCAGCUAUGGUUUUUAAAAGGUAGUAAAUGAGGCUAAAUGAACUGUUUUGCUGCCAGAAGAAGCUUUGUUGAUAGCCAGGUGUAGCUGUGGUAAGGGUUCCCUCCAGGGUGCUAAAAGGAAAGCUUCGCUGUCGGGACUGCUUUAUGUAGGUCCUAACAGUUUGUGGGCACCGUUUGUCACCAUUAUAGUGCAAUUCAUGUAUUGUUUAGUGUUGUGUAGUGACUUUGCUGGCCUGCAUCUAAAAAAAUUGGUUGAGUUUGCCCUACCAAGAUUUACAUGCUAAAACCGGCACUGGCGCAAACUCAUGAGUCUCGGAGCCUGAGCACGCUGCUUAAACCACUGCACUACGGUAGUAACCCAAGGGGACCUGCGUGGUUCUGGUACCGGUUCCGAGCAACAUUUUCAACAUAAAUCAAUCUGUGGAUACCAUAGAUCGAAAUGGCUUGCUUUGAGCGAUAGCCCUGGUUCCACUGAGUGUUUUUUUCUGAGCCUGUGUGACGUAGGAUAUGAAAUCUGAAACCACUUGAAGCUGGGCUGUCCCCCCUACCAUUUCAUUUGCUCUUCUGACUGUCCAUCCUGGCUGAACCCUACAUCACAGCCACAAACAAAACACAUGCCUGCAAUCGUUAUAUUGUCGAGCAGAGUGGUUUCAUCAGGGUAGCACAUUCAGAGUUUGACUUAUAGCCAUUCAUCUAAAAUAGUUAAUAGAGUUCAAACAAAAAACACAGUAAGCCAAGCUAAAGCUGAUAUUUUAACAUUUCUUUGAGUAGCAUUCUUAUGCAGCAUUACUAGUUAGUUAUUGUUUAUGGCCCUCUCAUGAUAAAUAUUUACUUUUGUAGAUUACUUAGAUUACAUUUUCGAUUACAUUUAGUUACAUUUAACUGGUUUUAACAAUGCUGAGGUGAGCACUAAGAAUAAUAUGAAUACUGAUGAACGUGGGCGUGUCGUUUUGUAUUAUUUUGUUUUAAGCCUUUCCCAAACCAUAGCCUGAACUUUAACCACUUGGAAUUAAUAUCUAAACUGUUAACCUUUGAGUUGUUUCUGUUUUAACCCUGUAACCACACGGAAUUAACCCUGUAGCGGAAUUAACCCUUUAGCCACACGGAAUUAAUGUGUCAAAAAUAGACUUUCAUCCAUUAGUCAAAGGGCAGUGGGCUGGAUUCAAACUCAUGUCGGGGUCAGUGGCUGUAACCACUGGACCACACAGGCACUGAAAAAACAAGUAAUUUAUUCUGCCUAUUGCUUGCCUUCAACAUAUAAUAAAACAAUUGAUUUAAAAAAAAUACAUUUACCCACUACAUAUGUCAAUUUAUUAUAAUCCAGAUAAGAAUUCACAUGAGAUGCGCUGUAGCCUGCACAUAGCCUACAUAAGGUACAAUGUAGGUGGCAAUUGUAAAUAUUUGUUCAGAUAUUCAAAUCCUCCUGCUGCAGGAUUAUUUUCCUCCUGUGAUGAAAGGGGUCAAAUUAAGAGCUGACAUCUGUAACCAUUUUUUUGUGGAUUUUGAUGUGUGCUUGGUGUUACUGUCUUGCUGGAAGAUCCACUUGCGGACAAGUUUCAGCUUCCUAGGUUCCUGGCAGAGGCAACCAGGUUUUGGGCUAAAAUGUCCUGGUACUUGGUAAACUUCAUGAUGCCGUUGACCUGAACAAGGCAAGGGCCCCAGGACCAGUGGAAGCAAAAUAGCCCCAUAACAUCAAAGAUCCAACAUCAUAUUUGACAGUAGGUAUGAGGUUAUUUUCUGCAUAUGCAUCCUUCUUUCGACGCCAAACCCACCACUGGUGUGCGUGGCCAAAGAGCUCCAUUUUCAUGUCAUCUGACCAUAGCACCGGUUCCAAUCCAAGUGCCAAUGCUGUUUAGCAAACUCCAGGCAUUGUUGGUUGCUCUCAAUAAAGGCGUCUUUUCUGACAACCCUUCCAAACAGUCUAUUGGCAUGGAGGUGGCUUCUAAUUGAAGAUUUGGAGACUUGGUGACCCGAAGAUGCGACAAAGUUCUGUAAUUCUCCAACUAUAGUCCUUGGACUUUUCUUUGCCUCCCGAAUCAUCUUCCUCACUGUGCGUGGGACAAGAUACACAUGCGUCCAACACCAGGCAAGUUUACCGCUGUUCCAUUGGUUUUAAACUUCUUAAUUGUUGCACUAAUAGUGGUAAGUGGUAUAUUUAGGUAUUUCUUAGCAAUUUUUUGUACCCAUUGCCUGAUUUAUGAAGGUCAACAACCAUGUCUCUUUUCAUUUGUGAGUUCUUUGCCUUUACCAUGGUGAUGGAUGACAAAGGGAUUUCACAUGCGUGUUAACUAACUUUUAUACCCCAGUGAAACAGGAAGCCAUAGAAGGCCACAAUACAGUUCCUUAAGCUGAGAUUUACUUAAAAAAUAAGAAUGUUAAUGCAGAUUUAAUAAUGUUUUUAUUUUAAGUAAUCUUUAGGGGUGGCAAUAAUUUUGACACCUAUCUUUUUUAGAAAAAAAAGUAUUACUUGUUAAACAAAAUCUCUUUAUCUGAACAAUUGUAUUAGUAUAAAAUAAUAUAAUUUUAAAAAUGCAUACAAUAUAGCUCAGUAUUUGUAUUAUUUAUUUUAUACAGUCUAAUUUGCUCAUCUUUUUCAAGGGUGCCAAUGAUUUUGGACCUGACUGUAUAUACCAUCAAUGUUUCAUGAUACAGAAAACGAAACAAUACAUUAGCAGUGGAGAAUAACCCCAUCCUCCCCAUCCUCCAGGAGAGUACCUGCGCUCGUCGUUCCGAGCCCACCUGCGGCGCUACGCCUGUGCCUUCCUGAACAGUGGAGGGGGCAGCCUGCUGGCGGGGGUGGACGAUGACGGGGUGGUGAGUAGGACACCAAUUAAUACAUGAAGAAUGGAUUUAAUAAAAUGUCAUUGAAUAUAAUAGCUUGAUAAACAAAUGAAAACUGUUCAGAAUGUAAUAAAGCUGUUUUGAUCUGAUUAAAAACAUAACCAUCAAAUGGAUCACUUCCACCCGUCCUAGGUGAGGGGGCUACGCUGUGACCACAGACAGGAGGACCAGGCACGGCUGCUGGUGGACUCCAUCCUAAAGGGCUUCCACCCUACCCUGUUACCACACUCCUACACCCUGGCCUUCCUCCCAGUGGUCAGACCGGGGCCCGAGGGCCAGAAUCUGAAGGUGCUGUCUGUCUGUCUCCCUAUCUGCCUGUCUGAUACUCUGGUCACGAUCCUGUUUGUCAGUCAGUCUCUUACCCAGUUUUUAUUCCUCCACUUCCAGGUGCUGCGCCUCACCCUGUGCCCCCCUCCAGCCCUCACCCAGCAGGGCCUUUAUCAGACCGACCAGGGAGAGGUGUUCCUCAGGAGGGAUGGCAGUGUGGAGGGACCGCUGUCUGCUAAUGCCAUCCAGGAGUGGGCCAGGCAGGUAUGCAGAUAUUAAGACCCAUUAAAUAGUUAUUUUAUGACUGGGUCAUUGUGGAGGCAUAUUAGGUAGUUGAUAUACAGGAGAUUAGGAAACUUCUAUCAGAUGACUUACAGGAGUGUGACAAGUAAUCGUAUCUUAUUUUAGCUUAGUUUAGCUAUAAAUUGUGGUUAGUCCAGCUGCGUUCAGUUAGCAGGUGACAGCCUGUCUCUCUGUCUCUGUCUCCCCCUAGAGGUGGAGUGGGGAGGUGAGUCGUCUGCAGCACUGUGUGGAGGUCCUUCUGUCUGAACAGAGACUGCUGCUCCAGGAGAUACGCCAGCAGAGCCAGGCCAUCGCUGCCCUGCAGAGUGCACAGACUCAGGCUCAGUCACAGGCACAGGGAUAUACACAGGCUCCAACACAGGCUCCAACACAGGCUCCAACACAGGCUCCAACACAGGCUCCAACACAGCCACACAUACAUGUACACACACACACCCAGGCACGGGCACAUGUGAAGACACCUGCAACUGAGAGCCUUGGGGACAGGCUGAUGCAGAUUUUAGGGAAGGCAGGGCGAGCGACACCACUAGACCAAGAAGACCCGUCAGUCACCCCACCUCCACCCACCUCAGCUCUGCCGCUGGUACCCUUCAUGGCUCCUGAUCUGGACGUGCUCCGGGGAUCUCCAGGCAGGGCCCAUCUCUGCCCAUCUCCGUCCCCAGGGCACAACCAAGGCCCUGGACCCCCACACUGCCCUCAGUGCCAAUGUACAGAGUGUAGAUCAAACAUCUGCAGACUGCUGUGA